GUGUGUUCCUAUGCGCAGACCCAGUGCUGCAGUGCAACCGAUGCCCUAAAACUUUUUCGCUGACAGAAGAAGGCGCUUACUUGAACCCGGAGGAGUGCGUCUACCACCGAGGUCGCCUUCGAUAUGAUAUGGCAUCGGGAAAACCUUUGUAUUACUACACCUGCUGCAGAGGCAUGGAAACAUUGGAAGGAUGCUGCGUUUCCCAGGGUCACGUGUAUGACGGCCCUAUGCCGAGUGAUUUGACGGGCUUUGUGACGACGAUUGCCAAGGGCCCACGUGACGACGGCUGCCCUGGGGUUUAUGCACUCGACUGUGAAAUGUGCUGCACGACGAAAGGCUUCGAGCUGAUAAGAGUGUCGGUAGUUGGCUGGGACUUCGAGCCUGUGUACGACACGCUGGUCAAGCCACAGGGGAAGAUCCUGGACUACAAAACAGAGUUCAGCGGCUUGACAGAGGAGGAUAUGGUUGGUGUGGACACGACCCUGGCGGAUGUGCAGGCAGCCCUGCUGGAACGCUUCUCGGCCGAAACCUUGCUCCUCGGUCACAGCCUCGACUCGGACUUUCGCGCCCUGCGGCUAAUCCACACAAAUGUCGUCGACACGUGCGUCGUGUUUCCGCACAAUAGGGGCUUCCCUUACAAGCGAGCAUUGCGCCACAUUGUGAAACAAUACCUGGACAAGUCCAUUCAAGACGGAGAGGACGGUCAUAACAGCCAGGAAGAUGCAGCCGCCUGUAUGGAGCUCAUGCUCUGGAAAGUGCGCCAAGGCCUCAACGAGGAUGUUCUGUAAAGGUGCGGAUGCCUACCGCUCCAGCCUCAAAAAAAAAAAAUCGUUUGAUCAAUUUCGCAGGGAAACAAGUGUGCCGUGAUCUCUGAGGCCCCGAAAGACCUGCGCAUCCGACGAGGAUAACUUUUGACGACUCGCGUCCCCUGCGACGAAUGAAUAAAUGAGAGCACCACGAAAACGCCUGCAGUGGCUUUUGAUU